CAAUUAAUCAGUCCAUACUGCGAUACUUUGAGGAGUAAUCCUUUGCAGUUAACCUGCAGACAGGACCAAAGAGCAGUAGCAGUGUGCAACUUGCAGAAGUUUCCAAAGCAGUUACCUCAGGAAUAUCAGUAUUUUGACAAUCUUAACGGAGUACCAGCAGCAGAAUUGCCUUAUUAUGGUGGCUCUGUAGAAAUUGCUGACUAUUGUCCCUUUAGUCAAGAAUUCAGCUGGCAUUUAAGUGGUGAAUUUCAACGCAGCUCAGACUGUAGAAUAAUUGAAAACCAGCCAGAUCCUACCAAAAACUAUGGUGCGGAGAAAUAUGGACCAAACUCUGUAUGUCUUAUUCAGAAAUCUGCUUUUGUCAUGGAACAGUGCAGGAGGAAACUCAGUUAUCCUGACUGGGGCAGUGGGUGUUAUCAAGUUUCUUGUUCUCCACAAGGGCUGCAUGUUUGGGUCAAGGACACUGCAUACUUGUGCAGCCGCUCAGGUCAGGUAUUAACUGUGAACAUUCAGAUGAAUGGCUGGAUACAUGUUGGGAAUCUGCUAUGCCCAGCCUGUUCGGACUUCUGUGACUCCUGUCCUCCCGAGCGGGAUCCUCCAGCUUCUAAUUUAACAAGAGCUGCACCAGUCGACUUAUGCUCCUGCUCGUCUAGCCUGGUUGUAACCCUUUGGCUAUUGAUGGCUAAUUUAAUUCCCCUGCUAACAGGAUUAUUUCUCUGCGCAUAA